CUCCUUAUUAUAAUCUAUUGGUUUCCUACAACAUCGGCGAAUCGGUGUGACGCAUCUUAUUCUAUACGAGGACGAGUCCUGAAGAACCACACAAUUGCGACCAGACCAGUUGAGAGGAUAGAAGAAUGUACGUUACUGUGCGUGGAUUAUCCCGACUGCCACAGCAUUAAUUUCUAUCAGAAGCACAAAAUAUGCGAUCUCAAUGACAAGACACAUACUUCCCAUCCGAAGGAUAUGAUUUCAUUUGCACUUUCAAACUACAUGGAGAAUAUCCUCAGACCAUACCUGUGCAACCGAGACUCGGAAUGUGGCUCGGGGUUAUAUUGCUCCCCAUUAGAGAUGAAAUGUGGUAAGUCUUACUGCUGAUGUUUUUCUAGUCAGAGAAUCUUAGCAACAAGCCAUCAGUCAUAAUUUUAAACCAGUUACAAAAUAAUGUAGUAUCCUUUUCCGUAUUUGGCGAGUUCUGAGACAGUUGAGAAAGUCAUAUGUCGGCCUUGAAUUGAACAAGAUCUGUUAACUUUGACAUGAAAGUUGUCUAUACCAUUUCCCGUGUAUGAUUGGUCUGAACAAAACCAGAGCAAACUAAUAUGGCCGAGUCUUCCUUGGCGUUGCCGUCCUGAUUGCUUAAGGUCCCUAUUUCGCAGAGGAAGGCUAAGAAAUGGCACAGUUUUAAAACGCACGUGCUGAGCUAUUGUGAGUUCUGCUAAUUAGAUCUUUUGUUUUGAUUUUAUUUCAAUCUCAUCUGGAAUUUCUACAUUAAUGUUAGAUGAUAUGUUUGUAUUAGAAGUAGUUGUACGAGAAUUUCACGGAACACUCUUCGACUAGCUUAAACCGCCAAUUGUUUGUUUGCUUUAUUUGAACGAUGACUUCUAUCUUUUUCCACACGUGGGAAGUCUUGCUCAUGAUGACUUGUCGACAAAAAAUAAUCGCUUAAGGUCGUAAUAAUUUUUUGUUGAUCUGAGUUUUACCGAACUCGAUAAAGCAUUCGUUUGCACACCGAGCUAACCCGUUUGGGAUCAAUUUUUUCAGAGCCCUAGUCGAUAUUAUCUUAAAUUGAACCGAAGCUCAGUUUUGAAUAAGCUUUGUCCUACUUGACAGUUCUCUUUCAUUAAGCCGAAAGACUGUUUUCAAGAAUGAGAUAUGAUCAUCCAUGAGCUGAUCAUCCACGGGGUGAAAUCCUUAGGAAUACUGCGAAAAUCGAUAGCUGGAAGAAGCCAUGACACUAUGACGGCUUAGGACAACAAGUCACAAAAAUAACGGCUGUGCACUCGGACUAAACCAACGUAGAUUAGAUCGUACAUACCUAAAAUUUUCAUGAUAGUGAUUGCAUGUGUCCUCAACCGCCCCACACAAGUCAUCGCAGCUCGAAUUUAAACUGUGAUUGCUCCCACAAAUUUCAACCGACACCAUCCAAACUGCUCUUGACGUGAAGCUCUUUUUGUGCUUUUCAAGUGAACCGGGUGCCAAGGGCCAUAAAUGUCAGACACAAAAAUGCGGUAUUAAAAUGUGGGGCUAGCCUAAGUUUUAAAAAUUUGAACCAUAACGCCAUGUUUCAUAACGCCUGGUAUAAAUAAAACUGUCCAUGGCCCGGCCGGACUGGUCACUUACAGCUGUUAUUUGUUACUUAGUUUGCCGUCGUCGAACAACUUCGGGAAAGUACUGCGCCAUUCCCUUCCAGUACAAUGGCGUGACGUACAAUUGCUGCAGUAGUGUUAAACACCACAGAUUGUGGUGUUCGCUGGAUCCAAUAUAUGCCUCUAGAUGGGAAAACUGCUAAGGUUAACUUAUCAAAUGUACGUCACUUAACAUAAGACUGGACAUAAAAAUAUCGUGAAUCAUUUUUCCGUUUAAAUUUUCCUUCAUCAAAAUAGCCAGUAAAAAUAAUAGCUUUAUAGGGAAUAGAAACCUAAGCGCACGAAAAUAAACUGUCCAGGAAAUGAUGUUAAACAAAGAUGCGUAGGAUUAGCACGGAUUGCACAGGUAAUCAUAUUCUGGCCAAGUUUUUCCAGUGCACAACGCAUACCACAUUGCUUCUAAGAUUUGAUCAUUUAUCUGGACUACAAUAUAAAAAUUUUCAAUUUUCUCAAGUUUGAUGGCU